AUGGAUGAAAAUAAGUCACUUAAACCACGUAGUUUAUUAGACAUAUGCUUAGAUGUGCAAGAUAAACUAGCGCAAGCAAUCGGAUGCUGUGAUAAUGCACUUUCACCAUUGAUUUUUCCGAACGAAACUAUUACUAAAAUCUUAAAUUUAGUGCAAGACAUUAAAAAAGUGAACACAACAUCUAUACCUAAAAACACACUAGCAUACAUUGAUAAUAUGGGUGAUGUAAUUCUAAAAUUAGCAGAAUUGGCAAACAAUAAUUUUUAUGAUAAUGGAUUGCGACUAUUUCAGCAUAAUCUUCAGAUUGCAAUUAAGAAUUCAUCAGACUUUCCUAAGCAUAAAUUAACUAUGCCCGAGUGUACAUGGUUAGAAUUAACAAAUUCAACUUUGAUUUUAACAAUGUCUCUUACACUUGCUCCUAACUUCUUGGAUAACGAUGAUUUACCUUUAUUUGCCUUACGUGAAAAUAAUUUAGAUUCAAUCACAGAAAAUUCUUCGCAAUAUGUAAAGGAUUUCAAAGAAUCCUUACUUGAGUUAAUAAAGUUUGUCGAUGUACUUCGUAAUUCUUACGUUUUUCUCAAUUUACUCAAUUCAUUAGUAGUAAAUGUUCAAGAAUAUCGCAUAGAAAAGAGUGGAGUGAUUGACAGUUCAAGUAAAAAGAUCAUAAAUCUUGCUUUCAAGCAUGAAAUAACAAGUAAUCAAGAAAAGCAAAUUACAUGUGCUGAAAUAAUCGAAAUAAUGAGAAACAAACUUAACAGUCAAGCAGAUCAGCCACAUGAUGAACUAAUUGCAGACUUUGAAGUUGUAUUUAAUGAUAAUUUGAAACGAGAAUAUAAAUUCGAAAACUCUGUUCAUAUUAUUGACAAAUUGAUGUCAUAUUUCGCGAAGUUCUUCCCUAAGCCAGGAACUUUCAGAGACACAAUACAUUUAUUUUCACAAAUUGUUUUUAAUUUUUCAUCAGUCUUAACAGCCUUUUACAAGCUUCUGAAGACUAUUGUAAACUCAGCAGAAGUAUUAUCUCUUGUAUCAGAAAUGCAUACUCUUGAAGAAAGUCUGUUGAAAUUAAAAGAAAGUGGAGAAAUUCCAGAUAAAUGGACUCCUGAGAUGUGUGAAGACUUCGAAACGAAAGUCAAAGCCUUUAUUUGUAUUGGAACUGUUCUUUUCAAUGCUUCUACUUUAGUAUUAGAAGCAAAUCAAUUAAUUGGAAAGACAGAAAUAUAUUUAGACAUUUCUGAUCUAAUUCCUAUCAAAAUUGGCAAAGAGUUCACUCAAAUUAAUUAUUCUCCAAACCAUGAAGAAAAGAUCGCUCAAAAUUCUAAUCUAAUUUCUUCAAUUUCUUUCGGUGAAAUUUUAAACGUCCGUGAUCUAAAAAAUAUCUCACCGGCCAAUUUCAUAAAUUUGUUUGCCGAAAUAUUUAAUAUGAUAGAUGAAUUAAGCAAAUCAAUAUUCCGAUAUUGGAUUGAUCAGAAAUUAAAUGGUCAGCAAGUUUCGAAAACAAUUUUAUCGGAUCUACAUGACAAGGUCGCAUCAUUGGUCUUGGACGCCAAUAGGAUACCUCUAGAAAUUGUUUCCAUCUCAAAAUUAUUUUAUAUUUUAUUUGAAUUAGACUUUAAUUUGGAUAAUACUAAGUUCGUUUCGACUAUGCUUAAAGAUUUAUCCAAGAUUUACUCUGUCUAUGCUUUCUUUAACGAUCUUGAAAUUUUGGGAUUGUCAAAUGCGACGGUUUGCUCUCAUUUAUCCUUUAUCGUUACCAUAUUAUCGCAAUAUGGCCAGAAUAGCUUAGUUGCUCUUCGUGAUUUCGUUAAUUCUUUGAACAUUUUGAAUAUAGAUUUCCAAUCUCUUUCUGUUCACAUGGAUGAGUCAAUGAACUAUGUUGGUCAGAUAUAUAGUAUCUUCAGCGUCCAGUAUCAAUCCAAAAAUCUCAUAACUUUGAAGGAAAUUUCAAAAACAAUUUUAAAUUAUUCCCAAAAUAUCAAUCAGCAAGUUAAAUCUAUGCUUGAAACGAUAUGUACUAGGGUAAUUUCACUUGAAUGCAAGACGAUGCAAGCAGCAGAACUAUUAGAUAUCAGUCUAGAAAUUGCUUUUCUUGUAAAAUUUUUCCAGAGACAGAAUAGCGAACAAGAUCUCACAAGUUUGUUGAUAAAAAUGAAGGGUUAUUUGGAUAAAUUGAUGCAGAUAGUAAGACAGAAACCAAUGCUCUUGGCAUUCAUUAGAUUCAUGCAAGGUUAUUCUUCAAAAUUUAAUCCAAAAAAAGAAGUUGAAAAAGUGACAAAUGAAAAAUUUCAAAAAAGUGACAAAACUGUAGAGAUCAGUGAUUACCAAGACAAAGAUUCUGAGCACUACAGAAGUUUUUUUGCGAAAUGCCACGGAGCUGACGAAAUCCAAUACGAAAAAAAUGAAGAAGAAAAAAAUGAAACAGAAGAUUUAAAAUUUGAAGAGAUUUCCAAAGAAAAAAAAGACGAAGACAUGAUUAAAAUGGAAAGAACACCAUUACCAGUAUUUGGAAACUUCACUGCCCAAUAUUAUUUCGAAUAUUGCAGAGAAGAAUGGAAUUUUCCAGGAAUUAUUGAUUUAUUUAACACAUUUGAACAAAAUAUGGCCAGUUCCGAUGUUAAUCCUAUGAUUAACUCAUUGGGAAAAGAGAUCUGCCACAAGAUCAAAGAAUACAUCAGAUCUAUUGUUUCCCAAUUAUCUGAUUACGUUCGUAAAUCAUAUAACAAUCAGCAAAACAUGUCAAAUGCUGUUCAAGAAAGAGAAUUUUCUAGAGCAUUGACAGCGAUUGUUCCAAGAGUUGCAAUUGAUAGUUAUUUAUGGGUUACGAACCUAAUUGAUUUAAGUAUGAUUACUUAUACAAUUUAUGAUAUCAUGGAUGUAACUGAAUCACAGUUAAAUCCAAUCUUGGCUUUGAGAUCUUUGGCUGUUAGAUCUCAUUCUUUGAUAACUUUUUUGAGGACAAUUGGUUUCCAUCCUUUCGAUUUGGACUUGAAAUUACUUGGUUCAUUCGUUAUCUUCAUUUUGAAUCAAAGACAAUUUCUAACGGUGAAAGAUGAUCAAGAUUUGAAUGGUCUCAGAAAAAUUUGUGAAAGUUCUUCUUCAAUUUUUUCUGAUUUUAUUUCGAUAUCGGAUUCCAGAAGAAUUUUCGAUGUUUUCGAAAUGGUCAAAGCAUGCGUAUCAUUUGAAAAAGGCCGCCAAAUUGCAUUGCAAAACAUCAAAAGAAAAUAUCAAAUUUUAUCGUCAAUUUUAGAUGACACUGAAUUUUCUGAAAUUAUUUCUCAGAAAAGUCUUGUUUUUAGAUACGUUUUGAGUGAUUUCAAUAGAGACUAUAUCGGAAAUGAAAUCAUGGCCAUUUCUUCAAUCAAAGAGAACGUUGCACAAGUGAGAAAUGUUUGCAACGCUUUGCUUUGCCUCCAAAAUUUGGCCGAUCUCGCAAAAAACGUUGAUAUUUUGUCACCUUUGAUGAUCCAAAAUUUAUCCAACGGUGUAAAUUCAUUGUCCAUCACUUCACUCAGCCUUAUUCUUUUUGAACUAAGAUAUAAGAUAUCCCGGUUAAUGGAAUUGAGAACAACCGAAACCGUUUCCUUAGAAUUUUCUGUCAGAUCACUUUUGACAUUUUUCGAACGUUAUCUUCAAUCGUUCGGAACGAUAUCGAUGGACGAUAUCAAGGAACUUCCACAAAAGUAUAAUUCCCUUGUGAAAGAAUUUAAUGAUUUCGAUUUUACAUCGUUAGUUGAUGCAUUUUCAAAGAAUUUCAUGUUUUUCAUGGCUUUCGUUGAAGAAAUGAAUUUUAAUGAUGAAAAUAAUGACUUCAAGUGUUUGUUAAUUUUGGUAAACGAAGUAAGAACAAUACCUUCAAAAACGGUUUGUCAGAAAAUGAUAUUUGCUUUGAAUUUUGUGAAAGAAAAAAUUGACGAACAAAAUUUCACUUCACUUGUUGAAAAAUUGACAAAUGAUUUGAAAUCAAUGUCAUUGUAUUUCGAAAUUUACGAAUUAUUGAUGCAAAGUACUUCCAAAGUCCGAAACAUUACGAAUUCUACUGUUGAUUUCCCAGUAAUUUCUUUGAAAAAAGGAACAGAAGUAAAUGAAUUAAAUAUGAAAAGUGACAAACUUCAAAGCGAAUUGUCACUUUUUGAUCAAACUGCAUUAGUCACCAUGACAUCUUCUUUGUUUGACGCGAACCUUGCUAUGGAAGAAAAACUUCUUGAACUGAGAAAACUCGAAAAACAAAAUUUAGAAAAAGAUGAAGAAAUAAAAUUCCUUCAAAAUGAUAUUAAAGCCUUAGAAGAAAGCAAACAGAUAUUGCUAACUAAAGAAGAAGAUGUUGAUGAGGAUAUUCAAGCAGAUCAAGAAGAAAAUGAUACCAUAAAAAUCGGAAAUUAUGAAAAGCCAAAGUAUUUGGAAGAUUCGAUGAAAAUUCAUGGUAAAAUACUUAAUGGUUUAGAAUCUGCUUCGAAAACAAGAAAGUACUUGCAAAAUGAUUUGGAAUUCGUCCAAAUAAAAAAUGAAAAAUCUGAAAACAAUGAAUUGCCACAGAAAUAUGAAUCAAAGACUAAUUCAAUAAUGCAAUCUUUACAAAAUUGGCAGAAUUUGGAAUAA